CUGGAAAAGAUGCACAAAUAAUAUUGAAGUGGCGACAACAAACAUAUUCACGCAAUUACUUCCCAUAUUAAGUAACCCGCUGACUCAUUGAUAUGACACUGUUAUUUAGUCAAGUUCUGUUCUGUCGCUCUAAAAAAUGGUUUCAAAUACAUUUGGCAGCGUUCUUCUGGUAAUACUUGCUUUGGACCUCAGCGCUUUUGCAUUCAAUUCGGUGCAAGGCAGUCAUGAACAUGAUCAUCAUGGCACUGAAUUUUAUGUUUACUCGAACAGGAAAGGCUGUAUGGCAGUCCAAAGUCAGCCACUUUGUCCAUCGAGUCAAUUAAACGAAUGGGACGCCACGAAUUAUAUUGAAUAUAUCAGAGACAUGCAAGGCAUAUUGGAUGAGGUUGAAGCCAGCAACACGAACAAUUCGGAGUGCAUUACAGCUUUUAAAGCAGCUUAUUGUUCAAAAUUAACCCCGAAGUGUUUUGAGGAGGGCAGUAAAGAUUUCGGAAAUGGAAAUUCGGCAUGUUGGAAGGCGAAUACAACGUGUGACAACGUAGUGGUACUUAAUUUUGAAGAGUUUUGUCAGUCGAUUCCUAAAGGUAAACAGUCCCUCGACGAAUGUAUUUUACCUUCCAGUCGUAUUGAAGGAAGCUGCCCACAGCCUGAGUACCAGGUAAGAAUCAUUCAAAAGCACACAACUUGCUUAGUUUAGUCAAGUAUUGGUUCUCGGUUACGAAUCUCAGCGGUGCAUGGAUUGGAAUAAUUGUGACUCGAUUAGCCAUUAUGUCGCAACCAAGGAAAACAACAAAGGGGUUGUGGUAUUCACCGAAUCCGUGUAAACUUAUGAUAAUUAUUAUUACUCCGAUCGAUGUCCAAGCAGAUUUUGACCCUCUCAAAAUGGACCUCCCGGUGCCAACCUCUGCAAAAUAUCUGACCAAGCCUGACGGGUCAGAAAAUUCGCGCGUGCAGGCGCGAAGUAUAGGUCGCUUAGGCCCGGUUUAGACGGCGAACUUUUCAUGCGCCGAAUCUAAUGCAAAGAUUAAGUGCGACGCUGGAGCGGCGUCUAAAUCAAUUAAGUUCGGCAGAUUUUGAUUAAGUUCGACACGAGUCGAAGAUGCGACAAGACAAGUUGUAUAUGCGACACAGGUUCGACAUUGAUUUAGACGCCGUGCUUUUCAUGCGCCGAACCUAAUGCAUACUUAAUUUUUUAACAUUACAAUAUGAUUAUCAUAUAUUUGCAUUGUAAAUAUGUCCAAUAUAGUGUCCUCGCAAUUUGGUACGGCACAAUUAAGUUCGACGUCUAAAUCAGUUUCCAAUAUUUUGCCGUAUCUACGGCAAUUAGAUUCGGCGCAUGAAAACUAAACCGGGCCUUACUAAAGGGUUGGGAUAAAACGCGGAACCGGAAUGCGAAUUCCGGAAGCAGAUUCCGGAAGCGGAUUCCGCAUUUGAGGAUAAAACGCGGAUUCCGCAAAUGAGGAUAAAAUGUGGAAUUGCAUAAAAAAAGGACGAGAAGCAGAAUAGCGUAUAAAAAACUUACAUUAUUACUUUUUAAGGUCACAACCACUAAAACACGAUUGGCCAAAGUUACGUAGUUACUCUAGGCCUAACUGUUGAAGUCUUACAUGCAUGCAUUAGUGUUUUUUUUUGGGGGGGGGAGACUGUGACGUUUUUUGGACUAUUUCUCAAAAUUAUGGAUGGAGGUGGAAAAUCGUAUUUAUCAAGAGCGUCUUAAUUUUUAUCUGAGUUUCUUUGUUUAUACAAUGCUAGUAAUAUUCGGGCUUUGAUGGCGCAUGCGUCAGAGCAAGCGCCUUUCAUGCAACUCUGAGAUCGUGGGUUCGAUUCUUGUUACAAACUCAUGUGAAAAAAAUGUGUCAACACUGCGCCGAUAGUCGUGGGUUUUCUCCGGGUACUCCAGUUUCCUCUCACAGGGCAGUUGGCAGGGUGGGUUAGUCUGAACAUAAUCAUGGACUUAAAGCUUCUAAAGAACUAAUCACAUUUAAUUAAUUCAUUAAUAAUCAACCUAAUGAUUGUUAUCAUAUUUCUUCAUAUAAAUACUGCUUUUGAUGUAUAACCUAGCUAGUUUAUCCUGAUGAUGACUGAAAUAUACUCGAAACGUAGAUUAAUAAAUAUGUUAUCGAUUUUUGGAGUUUCACUUGUUUUGUAUUUUUUAUAGUUAGAAGAGUAAUAUCUCAAUUCUUCUUAUGAAUAGUCUAGGCUAAGUAAAUAACAUAAGAAAUCGUAAUGCCUGUAUGUAAUGCGAAACAUGCACAACACAUUCAGAAAUAUGACACUUUUCCGCCGCCGAAUAAAAUUUCGCCAUAAAUCAUCACAAUUUCCAUAGAUUUGUAUUAAAAUGCCACGAAAAGAAAACGCGUACGAGUACAAAUUAAAGAACUAUUGUGCGCGUAAUGCACAAUACAUGAAGAGAAAGACAAACUGAAUUUAUAAGUGACUGUUGCCGGCAGCGCAGGCGGUUAAACUACGGAUAUAAACUCGACUGAUAGCGCAUGUAUUUAUUUAUUUACACAAAAAUAAACAUUUUAAUUAUUGAAUUUUCCGCGAGCGAAAAAUAUACUGUUGCUAUUCAGUAGGAAACAUAUGAAGACUGACUGCAUUUCUUUAUUUUUAUAAAAAAUUGUACUGAAUAUUGGAAUUUUUUGUCCAAGACCACCAUAAGCGCACUUAUUUUGGUUACUUGUAAUUCGUCUAAAUGCAGUUAAAAAUAUUUCAAAUCGUCAUCACUAAGUUUCAAUUUACAAACACUUUUAAAAAUUUCAAAGCUGAUUGUGUGGUCGUUAGGGAUGGGCCGCAAAUUACACGACGUUCGCUAAAUACUGCCGAGUCAGUCGAAACUAUUUUUAAGUUCCUCACAAUCGGUUACCAAUAGACGUAUCGUUAAAUAUUUCUAAUGUGGAUAUUGCUAAAUGUGGACAUUGCUAAUAUUUUUAAUAACGGCCAAUGCACGAACUCAUUGUUGCUGCUUACUAAAUGAUGAGAAAUUGAAAGUAAAAAUCGAAACGAUUUUUGGUAAUUAUAAAAAUGCAUCUAUAUAGCAUCACCUUUGAAACUGGAUUCUAUUUAUCAGUCACGGAUGUUGAAAAGCAACAUCUGUGAGUCUUUGUGGUCACUUGUGUGUGGGACAGUUUGCGCGUACUGUUUGCCUGUGAAUCGGGCCUUUCAAAACCGGAAGUCAGGCUGGAACACGUGAUUGUUGUUUUAAUUUGGCAAAAGAUUGAAAAGAAGCACGAGAGAUGGCAAAAUUCGCACGGUGCCUGUGUGCAAAAACAACUGCAAACUGCUCUAAUUCUUUCUGUCACUUUUAUUUUUUGAUCUCAUCCGUGAAUCGGCCUCAAGGAAAUUUGAUAUAUCACUAAGAGCGCUUUUCGAUUGACUUUUUCCAUUCGUAGAUUUUAGAUUCAAGCUUUAUUAUCGCUGAACGCUAGCGUCCACAACCAGUGUUAUAGUGUCAAUUCAGUUAAUCAAUUGUAGAAUUUGAACAUUUAUGUAUAUUAAAUAUUAUCCAACAAAAUGACUUUAUAAAUGCACGUGUUCUCUGUUGAGUAAUGCGAAAUUUAUGAGCCAAAGUCAUUCAUGCGCUUCGUUUGCGCAUGGGCAGUUCUACAAUAGUCAGAUAUUUCGCAAGUCAGAAAUUUCGCGUUACACAUGUCCAAAUCCGCUAGCGAAUAUGGACUGGAGAAUUUAUAUCCGCUAGCCAAUAUGGGCCUAUGGGAGUCUUUAUUUGUUAGCAGGUUUGAACUCCACUCGCGAAUUUGGACCCCUCGCGUAUUUUAUCAUUGUAUCGUAUUAUAUUUUUAAUAUUGUAUCAAUAUAUUAUAUAUUUAAUAUCGUUAAAUUUUUGGGCAAUGCUGGUUAUUUUGACCUCGAGAAUAUAUAUAUUAUCUAUACGAUUUCAUCAUAGAUAGUCCGUGACCGGACAUUUGGCCGACAGACAUUUUAGACCGACAGACGUUUGACCGACAGGACCUUUCACCGGCAGACAUUUAGCCGACAGGACAUUUGGCCGACAAGACAUUUAGCCGACAAGACAUUUGGCCGACAAGACAUUAGGCCGACAGGACAAUUCACCGACAAGAUUUUUUAUUUCAAGUUUAUUUUCCAAAAUAAUGCUCACGGGUAAUGAUGACUCAUUAGAUGACUCAUACAAAUUAAUCAGACUAUUAGUCAAAUGAACUCGUCGGCCUGGUGUCCUGUCGGCCAAAUGUUCUGUCGGCUAAAUGUCUUGUCGGCCAAAUGUCCUGUCUUCUAAAUGUCUGUCGGUGAAAGGUCCUGUCGGUCAAACGUCUGUCGGUCUAGUGUCUGUCGGCCAAAUUGGUCUGUUGGCCAAACAUCCGCGCACCUAGAUAGUCCACAACUACUCGUAGAAUUAAUUCCCAUGUAGGAUAUGUAGCGUAGGGAUCCGAAACCGCUAUCAAGGCAUUUUUUAACUAUAUAACUACUGGGGAAUUUACUCCAGUAGGCUCUUUGCUUGCCCCAGUAGUGACUGGAAGCAACAUUUUCAGAUGAGCUGGGCCCUUUUGAUCAUUAAUAAAAAGUCAACCUUGUUGAAAAAGCUGCAUCUGCCUGCCUUCUCAUAUCUUCUCACAUUCCAUCUUUAAAAAUCAGCACAGCAUGGUCUUUAGGGAUAGACCAUUAGAUUUUUGAGGAGGGUGGGAGAGAUGUGCAGGAUAUUUUUUUUCUUCGAAUAAUAUAUGAGUUGGGAAGUUGGUCGGAGGAUUUUACCUGAAAUUUGAACUUCAGUGUGAGAACUUUAACACUCCCCUCCCCUCCCAGACACACCCCGGUCGCAACGUCCCUGCUUCUAUGUUACAAGGUGCUCACAAAAUCAAUGCCUAUAAAUACCAAUCUCAAUAACCACAAACCUAUAUGUUCAUGGGCGUAACAUCAGUGGUUUAAUUAUCCCUUCCCUACACGGUAAAUUUCAGGGAGCUAAUUUAACUCCAGUGGUACCGGUAUUAUUCUGAACCUAAUUUUACUCCACAUUUGGAAAUAAUUGAGAUACAGUAUAACUCCACCGGAGUUAAAUUAACUCCUCGAAAUUAACCGUGUAGCUUUGCUUUUCGCCGGUGUAUAAAAUAGCCGUGCGGGAUUAGUACCCUUGCCGUGGGCUUAUGAUCUGGUUCUGCUUUAUAAUUCUGUUUUUAAAGAGAUGUGCUUUGUGUUGAUUAAAAGGGUGUUGUUAUAAAAUGGUUGCUGUUUUAAUAAAUAAUUCCACUUCUUGUCCAAGAAAGUAUAAAAUAAAGUAGCAACAAAUUCUUGCCAACAAUUUUCACUAUAUAUUAUCUGUAGAAUAUAAACAUGAAGAUAGUAUAAAGGUGUGAUAUGACUUGUUUUCGUGUUUUUGAUUAAUUUAAACAGGUAUCCCUAUAUUUUAUAUGAAGUCUUGUUAGUUCAUUUCAGAUUUUAUAUAAAAUCCUACAAUCGUCGUAUGAAAAACAUCUAAAAUAUCACGUAUAGUUCUAAAACCAUAGCGCUUUUGCACGAUUUUUUUCUGUAGUUUUCUUGUGCAAGAUAUGUUUUUCCUUGGUUAAAGUUCUGCUCGAAUUUUUUUUUGGUAUUUGCCCAACCUCCCCCUCAAAAAUCUAAUGGUCCAUCCCUUACUGAUGGUGAUUGCUUGAUAGUAUACUUCAAAAUAAGGUUUUCGUUUUUCAUAUAUAACGUAGAAAAAACUAUCCUAACGCAAAACUAAACCCUAAUACCAACCCUAACCUGACCCUAACAUAUUUUAAAAAUUGAUAUAAAAAUGGAAACCUUAUUUUGAAGUAUACUAUUAUAUCUAGAGAUUGCCUUUUACUGAUGUACGCGUAACUGUGUGAGGAAAAGGCCCUCAUUGAGACUUUGCCCCAGUAGUUGCAAUUUCUUAACAAAUCCGCUUUGACAACGGCUUAAAAAUGGGAAUUUUCUGUUUUCUUCGUUCCUUAGCGCACGAAAGUGACGUGUCCUGUGUUCAGGGUACAAAUAACAUGAGUCAUUGUUGUCAGGGUACAUGUGUGUAGGCCUACUAACUUAUUUAGCUACAUUUGUGGACAUAACUUGUUAAUAAAAUUAAUUUUAAUUUACCUUACGAGUUUAUUAAAAUAGAUCAAAAUUUUAGCUACAUACAUGUUUGUUUACACAAUAGCUUCACUUUCAUUCGUCGAAUCGUAUCAAAAUACAUAUUUCAUUCACAAUCAUUGCACCGAAGAUAUAAUAAUAGAAACAAGAAAUUUGCGUGCCAGAGUUUUUAGAAUUUUGUCGAUAAGUCUAGUUAUUGGUUUAAUAACGUGGAUUUCGGUUACAAGUAGUAGCGUAUCGCGCAAAAGAAACCAGUUGCUUUAUAUCAGGCGCUUAAGAGAAAACAAUUUUCCUAUUUUAACUUUUUAAAACUCUUUUUCGACCAGUCAUGUCAUAAUUAUCGUAUGCCGCAGCUGAUUAAUGACACAUUGUCGGGUCAUGCAUAUGCAUGAUCAUAUCUUCGGUUCAGUAGCAGUGCACGCCAUGGAGGCAAAGAUACCACCAUUCGAUUCAGUGAAAUAAUAUGCUAUAUCUCAUAAAUUCCUAACGAUAGUUUUAGUCAAUAUCUCGUCAAGAGAGAUCCGAUGUUAUCCAAUUUCUCAAUUUUCUCGAUAAAAUAUAAAGUAGACAUAGCUUUCGCUGAACGUAUAGAUUCGGCUCCUUCGGACGUUUCUUCUAUACAUAAUAGUCGUGUUCGAAUCGCUAUCCAAAAGUGUUAUUUUCGAGCUUGCACAUGGCGAGAAAUUUUUGGACAUGAAGGGGGGGGAGGGGUGUAUGUAACUCCGCUCAGUGCAAUAUCUGUAUACUUGUAUAUAAUUCCUUUAUUUAUUUCCAACAUCCUCAGAUGCCAUCAGAUUAUCUUCGUCAAUAUGAAAGAAUGUCUACAUCUUUGAAAAAGCAUCGAUAUUUUGAACACAUAGAAACAGCACGCCAUCUAAAUAGCACGAAUGCGUCCCUAAAUGGAACUCUGGUCUUUUCAAGACGUUGUGUAUCUAUUCUGAAAGACAUAGAUUGCGCGCCUGUCUACUGUUCAGCGGAUAAAGAACGAAUAUUGAUUAAAUAUAGCUGGGAAACAUGCAAAAGAGCUGUGGAUAGCUGGUGAGUUAGCUAAAGUAGUGAAUUCAUUCGAAAUAUAAAGUAGUGAAUUCAUUUUGUUUAUACAGGAUGGAUCGAUAUUUACGUAUGCGAAAACGAUAUUUGAUUUUCCAUUUUUCCGCCUUUUGUUCUGAGUUAAGUGAGCCAAUUUCGGCCUUGACGCGAAUAGACCUUUCCGAUAUACGUCACAGCUACAUUGUUUUCAACUUAAGACCCUCUUAAAUGGAAUGGAUUUCAAGUUUUUUUCUAACCGGCUAUGCGCAAAGAAGCAGAGCAUACUUCUUCAACACUUGCAUGAAAAAGAUUUUUGAGCAAUAAAUGUGAGACUAAGCGAUUGCACGAAAACGAGGCUAACGGGCCAUGGCCCCUUUGGGCCCCUAAACCUCGGAUGUUCGGCUUCUUUGCACAUAGUCAGUGAGGAAAAAAACUUGAACUCCAUUCCAUUUAAGCGUGAUUUAAGGCGGUCCUAAGUUGAAAACAAUCUAUUUAUGACGUAAUUACCGGAAAGUUCUAUUCGAAAUACAUAGAUUAAGUGAAUUGAGUUUAUUACCCCAUUACUUGUACCAUCAGAGUGUAGGUUUAUCAAGUUUUGGUUAGUUUUUAAGUUUGAUACUUGCCUUCACUCCUAUGUUUAUUUUAGCUCGAAAUCCAGAGAGGUCCGUAUAUUGGUUAAAUUUCUGAUUAUUUUAUCUCAUUUCCUAACAUAGUCUGGUUCAUGUAACCAGGAAGUCCUCGUCAAACCAACCAGACGAUAGCAGGUAAAAGGUUAAAAUUAUCAGGAAAUUUAACCAGGAAUACUAAGUUAACCCAAAUCGGGCUAUUUCUAUAUUGGUUAAUCAGCAAAAUUUUAACAAGAAUGUCUUGCAUGAGAGUGAAUUAUAUAUUGUGUGUAAUGCGGAUCUCCUGUAGUCUGCUGAUUCUCUCUUUUAUUUAUAUGGACUUAGAGUUAAAAAUAUCUUUUUGAUUAAAACACAUUCGAAUCCCGCUGCAGUAAAAAAACUGUACUUUAAAACAGUGGGUUACGAACCUCCUGCCUGAAAUUUGGGCGAUUAAGUAUCCAACAUACAAGAACCACUUUAGGCUUUCAAAUGGUGAUGGCUUUCGGAUAAAAAAACCUUCAGAAUGCAUUCAGGAACAUAGUUGAUUUACCAAAUGCAAAAACAUAAUCUGUUGUUUGUUGGUACUCAGUGACUAUACAUUCUAUCAAAUUCAAAGGCUCUGAAACAGCAAUUAUUAAUGUACUUCGGGAAACAGCUAAAUCAGGAAGAAUCGUAUUUGCAUGCAUGACUAUGGAAAUAAGAACCAGCUAAGAACCAAUUCAGCCUGACAUUAAAAAAUAGUGAUUCUUUCAUGCGCGUUGGUAUUGUAUCUCGACCUCGACUGCGUCGAAUCUCGCUUCGCCCUAAAAGUCAAUCCCUUUGAAUCUCGUAAAACAUUAAUUUUAUAAUAAUUCACUAUAUUGUCUUUCCGACUCCUGAUAUAUCGAAUACUUGGUUAGGUUGAACUUCGCUCACCAGGGGCGGCGGAACAGGGGGGGCUAGGGGGGCUAAAGCCCCCCCCCAGAAGUAAAAGUGGGGGGGCUUAGCCCCCCCAGAAAAUUUGAAUUUUUUAAAAAAAUUUUGAUAAUUAGGGAAAAAUUUAGGUUAUUUUUUGAAAAUUUAGGUAUAAGGGGACAAAUUUGCAAUAUUUUGUUUAAAAAAAGUGUAUUUCCGAAAAAUUUUUUUGAUAUAAGUCCGAAAAAUUUUUUUUCGUCUUUUUUUUUAUAUAUUGUACCCCUAAAGUGGUACACUGACCAAAAUUUUUUUUGGCGACGGGGGGGAGGGGGGGGGAGGUCGCCGAAAAAAUUUAGCCCCCCCCAGAACAAAAUCUGUUUCGCCGCCGCUGUCGCUCACAACAGGAAAUUAGUACAUGCACGAUAGUUCGUAACAAGAAAUAAUUCAGUUAAGUUUACUUACAAGUGGGGCAAAUUUUCUACCUGUAUACACCACGUAUAAACUUCCAAUUUAAUGGCGUCCAAUUUAAAUUCCAAAAGUGUCAACAAAAGCAUGGCCAUUCAUUCAUUCAUUCGAGAUAAGUGAAACAAACAAGGAAAUACGAAAAUUGGGUAGACCAGACCAGUAUACUUCAAUCGUAUAAUUGCUCUAACAUUUAAAGUUUAUAAAGGAGUGUGAAUGAAAUUUAAAAUAUUUUGUUUGAACUGGAAUGUAUUGAACGUUUGGAGCAAAAUCUAUUACCAAACUUUAGGCGCAAAAUAUAAGAUGAAACACCUUCCGAAUAUUAACAUCUUGUAAACUCAAGAUGUGAUGAUGAAACCUUCUAACAUCUCCUUUGUUUGAAUAGAUUUAAUACACAAAAAGUUAACUGUAGACUGUCUUUUGAACAUGGCAAAGUGCACUUUUUAGAUUUAGAGAUUCUAGAUUUUUUGCAUUGAUGCAUGCAUGUGCUUCGUAAGACCACGCGCACUGGUCAGUACACACAUUUCGGUAAUUUAAACAGUUGGAACGUUCACUUUUCUACGGCGCAGUAAAUAUCUGCAUGUAUAGCAAUUCUUCCUUUCUAAAAAAUCGAAUUUUACAAUUGAUAACUCGGAAUGGUUUUCGCGCAAAUAUUCGUUCGCGUACGAUCCGCAAGCUUAAACAAAGGUUUUCCGUUUAUGAGAACGAAACCUCCGGUAUAUGAAAUGGCACCACUACAUGUAAGUACACAUUGUGAAUGGCGACUUCCGAUUGGCCUUUCCCAAUAUUAGUUUGACACAUUAACAAUAAUAGGCAUAGAAACGUAGUUGCAUUUAUGAAUGUUUUGACACAAAAUCGUGAUACGUUUCAUUCCGGCCAGAUGAAGAAGAAUAAAAAUACUUUAACCUGUUUACCUCACAUCCGGUCAGUUCUAAACUAUAAUUGAAAAUUUGGCUGAUAAUUUGAAUCGGUGACUUUCAUAUUUCCGUGCCAAAUAAAAAUCUUUAAUGUUGAGAAACGAUUAAUAACCAACGACUGAGUGACACAGAAGCUAGAAAUGCGCUAAUGAAUUAGUAAAGUACCAAAUUCAACCGAAUGUAUACUGAAUUCAAAUUAAAACACUCAUUGACCAUAUUUAGUUGUCUUUCAUUUUUUCGAUUUUCGCUAUUUCUUUUGUAGCUUUAACAAGGUCAUAGACAAUCUAGAAGAUGAUGUUGAAGGGAAGAAAUACUUUGUGGAGAAAAAACAGUCGUACAUGAAUGUGUGUAAGUACUACACCAACUCGACGAAGACUGAGUUCCUAACUGGUACCGCAUCAUAUAUUUGUAAACCACGGCACCAAUAUUUUGUUUCCUUGGUGUUUGUAGUAUUUACAAACAUGAUUGUCUAAUCUAGAUGAUAUUUCACGGGAAUCGUCAUACCGCACAAACUGCUGAAUUGAUUUAAAAUAAAAUAUUGAUUAUAUAUAUAGCACUUCAUCACAAUGGUUUUUAAAUAAAAACAUGGAAAUUCAGUCGAUAGGCAAUGUUUCUACAGCAAGCUGUGAAACAAAGUGUUUAAGACUAUAAUGCAUAACAGGAGAGAUGCCUUGUUUGUAGUAUGGAAUAUGUUUUGUAGAAAUUUUAAAAAAUAC